AUGGCCUGGACCCCUCUCCUGCUCCCCCUCCUCACUCUCUGCACAGGUUCUGUGGCCUCUUCUGAGCUGACUCAACCACCGGCGGUGUCCGUGGCCUUGAGACAGACGGCCAGGAUCACCUGCCAGGGAGACAGCUUAGGAAGCUAUUAUGCUAGCUGGUACCAGCAGAAACCAGGCCAGGCCCCUGUGCAGGUCAUUUAUGAGAAUAGCAAGAGGCCCUCAGGGAUCACUGACCGAUUCUCUGGCUCCAAAUCAGGCAACACAGCCACCCUGGCCAUCAGCGGGGCCCAGGCCGAGGACGAGGCUGACUAUUACUCUGGGUCAAGAUCCAACUCAGGGAACACGGCCGUCUUCGGCGGCGGGACCCAUCUCACCGUCCUAGGUCAGCCCAAGUCCGCACCCUCAGUCACUCUGUUCGCGCCCUCCACUGAGGAGCUCAGCACCGACAAGGCCACCCUGGUGUGUCUCAUCAAUGACUUCUACCCGGGCAGCGUGAAGGUGGCCUGGAAGGCAGACAGCACCACCAUCACCAAGGGCGUGGAGACCGCCCAGCCCUCGAAACAGAGCAACGGCAAGUAUGCGGCCAGCAGCUACCUGGCCAUGACGGGCACCGAGUGGAAAUCUUACGAGAGUGUCAGCUGUCUGGUCACGCACGAGGGGAGCACCAAGGAGAAGACAGUGUCGCCCACCGAGUGCCCUUAGGUCCUGGUCCCCCGACCCUCAGGGGACUGGAGCCACAGGACCCCUGGAGGGUCUACCCACCCACCCUGGUCCCCCCAGCCCUUCCUCCUGCACCCAAUCAACUCUCAAUAAAAUGUCCUCAUUGUCAUU